AUGAGAAGCCUUCUGGUGUUGUGUGGGCUGGUGGCUCUUGUAGCCGCGGUCUCCUCUCGGGAGAUCAGCCAAAAGGGUGAAGCUGAUCUCGAGGUAGCAGCUUCCCACCACCACGGCCACCACGGUGGACACCACGAGGGUGGUGGUCACGAGCACCAUGGUCAUCAUCAUCAUGAUCAUGGUGAUCACGACCACAAGGGACACAAGGGACACCACGAGCAUCACCACGGAAAACACGGCCACCACCACCAUGAAGGGCAUAAGGGACAUCACGGUGAGCACGGUGGUCACAAGAAGCAUCACCACCAUGAUGAGGGCCACCACCAUCACCACGGACACGGGGAGAAGGGCCACCAUGGGCACGGACACGACGAGCAUGGUCACUGGCACAAGGGCCACGACACAAAGGGCCACCAUGGCAUCGAACACCACGACGAAUUCAAAAAGGACAAGCACUUCCAUGAUCACCACGGAGAGAAGGGACACCAUUCCCACCACGGAGGUCACCAUCAUGAGGGCGGACACAAGAAGGGCGGUCACUUCCACCACGGACACAAGCAUCACGGACACCAUGAUCAUGACCAUGGUAAACACGGCCACCAUGAGCACGGAGGACACCACCACCACCACAAGGGACACCAUGGAGAUGACGGCCAUCAUGAACACCAUCAUCACCAUCAUGACCAUGGCAAGAAGGGAGGUCACGAACACCACAAGCACUGGGGCCACAAGGGACACUAA